CGCAUCAUUGCCUCAUAUCUAAUCGCCAGUCAACUCCGCCACCGAAAUCGAGUCUUCCUAGACCGAUGGGGAGUUGAACCGGCACUCAACAUGUCAAAACGAUGUAGAUCUGAUUUCGUGGAAGACCUUCCCGUGCAAAAGCGGCUUCGCAGUGCAGGACUCGAUAAUACUGACCGCCUUUCCUCUUUGAGUGAUGAGCUUCUACUCCAUAUCCUAUCCUUUCUUCCAAUCCCAUCAUUGAUUAUCUGCCAAAGUCUCUCUCGACGUUUACAUACUUUGGCUGGAGAUUCAGAAAUAUGGAAAAGGCUCUACUAUUCACGAUGGGUGUUACCUCGUGCACGUCGAUUAGGAACCACCAAAAGCACCAGGUUUCUUCGCUCGAAGAUUGAAUAUUCGCCUAAUGUCUCAACUUGGCUAGACCAUGGUCAUCUGACAGAAGAUGGAGUUGUUACGAACUGGAAAAGGCAAUAUCGUCUAAGACAAAACUGGGCAAAAGGAGCAUGCCGCGUCACUGAAGUCGAGCUCGUGCAGUCGCCCGCCGUGCCUCUGAAAUUAGUCAACCUCUGCGCAGGUGUCGUUUUCACAGUGGAACACAAUAAUCUGCUGAAAGCUUGGGUCGCCAAGGAUCCGAAAUGCUGCCUAGCCAGCAUUGCAAUUGCAGAUCAGGCACAAAGUGUCGUGGCUACCGCAUUGGCAUCGAAUUAUUGUCCGCAGGGGAGAAGAAUCGAAGUCUUUGUAUCAUUCCAAGAUGGGUCUCUCAAUAUUUAUGAUUACGACAUCGGGUCCUCGCGGCUCGGGCUACGUUCGUCUUACACAGAAGUCGCAGAUGGGCACAUUACUGCAAUUGCGUCAUUUCCCUCAUAUUUACUAAUGGCAUCGCGGCAUAAGCGUUUGUCACUAUAUGAGAUCCCAACUGCGGUCGAGAUCAAGAGCGAGCAUCCAUCAUUCAAAUUACCGCGUUUGGUGACCUCUCUCAGGGCCGAUAGCAUUGUCACGCCAAUGGCACUAUCAAUUCGUGCUGCAGGAUCGGGCAUAAUAUCGUCGAUUGUCUAUAGCUUCUUCCAUAUCGGAUGUGGAUGGUCUUUGGGAAUUCAGGAGCUCAGCAUUACGCCUACUGGGGAGCCUGUAAAAUCCCGUCUUGUCACUACCGUGGAUUCACAAUAUGGUACAGGUCGUUCAUCCUUACACCCGAAUGCGUUGCGAAGUCACGAUUCUCCGAGAAAUCGUCGUCUUAGACCCCCAUCCCACCCAGCUAUAAUGCACCAUGAUCCCCCAACCUCAAUAUCUUAUUCCCAUCCUUAUCUGCUAACCUCCCAUGCCGACAAUACGCUGACCAUGUACCUCGUUGUUUCCAAUUCCAACGAACUCUACAUAAAGAGCAGCAAAAGGCUUUUUGGCCAUACGUCCUCCGUCUCCGCCGUGCAAGUCAGUGACCGCGGUAAAGCAGUGUCUGUGAGCUCGCAAGGAGAUGAGAUAAGAAUAUGGGAACUGGAAACAGUCGCGUCGACUUUGAAUACCAAGAAAUCUCUCGAAGCAGAGAACAGCAUACAAGUCAGCCCAGAGAACAAGCAAUCCAUCAAGACGAGAAGUCUGGAUUCAGCAGCCCACACCACUCUGCACGACUCUAGCGAGCCGGGCGAGCCGUUAGAUGGUACAUUCGUAAAGCCUAACACUCAAGAUUACAUUGGUUUUGAUGAUGAGUUGGUACUUUUGCUGCGCGAGAGAGGCAUUGAUGGCAGAAAGCUUGAAUGCUACGAUUUUACAUGACCUAAUCAGGCGUGUCGCGUCAAUGUCUCGCGUCAAUGUCUUUGAGCUCCCUGAUGAAUGCAACUGGAGUAGAAGUUCUUCAGUAUUCGUGAGCCAAUUUGAAUCAUGAAUAAACAUGUUAGAGAUCUGAACCGGUGCGAGCAAACAAUAGCUACAAAUACUAGAUCAUAUCUAUAUAUAAGACGUGAGAUGGGUAGCUCAGAAGUAGAUUAUGGAAAGGUUGGAUGGGAUCAUUUUUUUCCUUAGGUACUUUAAAUAGGAUACGUAACCAUUAUAGUCAUUCGCAAUUCAGAUCACCUGUUCAUUGAAGAAAGACUUCUCUCAUUUUUUU